AUGUCACGCCAUCAAUAUGAUCUUGUACAAUGUAUGAAACAACCAGGCAAACGCAUUGGCCAAGUAUGCACAAACUGCGACGGUAGAUGCCCCAUUUGCGACUCAUUUGUCAAACCAACAGCUAAAGUCUACAUUUGUCAUGAUUGCUCCCAAGGGGAUUUGAUAAAUAAAUGUAUACUAUGUGGUAACAGUUUAGGGUUAAACAAUGAAAACGGCACCGAAGCGUAUUAUUGUUUAGAGUGUUGUCGAUUGGAGAAGCAUCGAGAAGGAUGCCCUCGGGUGGUUAACGUUGGAAGCAACAAGACCGAUUACAUAUUCCUGCAAAGAAAAGAUACAAGUAAGUCGUUGGAGAAUAUAUAA